AUGCGCCCUGACGCCAUCUCCGUACUCGCGGCGUUGAUCGCCAUUGGCGGUCUCGAUAUCGUCGCUGCCCAGGAUGCCGACACAUACGUGGACCGACCUCGCUUCUACUUCCCCAAGGAAGUCAAGCGGACCAUUCGCAACAGUGCCCGGAGCGCUGACAACAGCCCUGGUUCGUUCCUGGACGGCAUCUUCGACAACUUGAUCCCCACCCAGAGCUCUUCCGUCGCGCCAGAGGUGACCCCCACACCCGAGACCACGCCCGCAGCUGCCCAGCCAGAGGGCCACGAAGUCGUGGUUGUGACCAUCUCCGUCGACCCCAAGAACCCAGAGAUCACCCACCGCAUCACCGGGACCACGACCGUUGGAGGAGAGCCAACUGCCACUCUCACCACGACCACCAAGCAGAGCGAAGCUGCCGUUGCUGACGACACUAACAGCAGCGCCGCGGCCGCGGCCAACACAGAGAACACCAGCAAGCAGGCUGCGGCUGUCGAUUCAUCCAAGGCCUCGAGCGCACCUGCUUCAACCUCCAGCGACAACCUCCUCGGUGAUCUUGGCUCGGGUCUGGGUAACCUUCUGGGAGGAGACUCCACCACCUCGACCCCGGUGGCGGCUGUCUCAACCGCAGCCCCUACCUCAACCGCAGCUCCCACCGCGGACUCAGUGGCCCAGACUUCAUCUACCCCUGCUCAGGCGUCGUCCACUCCUGCAUCGACCACCAGCUCCAACGGCAACAUUGUCGCUGAUAUCGGCUCUGGCCUUGGCGGUCUUCUCGGCGUGGACUCUACAACUUCAAGCUCGGCAUCUUCAGCUUCUGCCGCCGCUGCCUCGACUGCGCCCGCUUCGUCUGCACCUGCUUCGUCUGCGACGACAACAUCCAGCGGCAACAUUAUUGGUGAUAUCGGCUCUGGUCUUGGUGGUCUUCUUGGUGUGGACUCCACAACAUCAAGCACGGCAUCCUCCGCUUCUGCCGCCGCUGCCUCGACUGCGCCUACUUCAUCUGCACCCGCUUCCGCAACCACUACCUCCGGCGGCAACAUCCUCAGUGAUCUUGGUUCCGGUCUUGGUGGUCUCCUCGGUGUGGACUCCACCACUUCGAGCUCCGCGUCUACUGGCUCGGCGUCCGCUAUUGCUGCCGCUGCCUCCACUACACCUGCUUCAUCCGCCACCCCCUCCUCCAGCGGCAACAUCCUCAGUGAUCUCGGAUCCGAUGUGGGUGAUCUCCUUGGCGUGAACUCGAAGACUUCGACUACUGCUUCAACUGUUGCCUCCGACCAAUCAGGCAAGGCAUCUGCCACUCCGGCUUCUACCCCCGUGACCUCCAGCGGCAGCGAUAACAUCUUUGGUGACAUUGGCUCAGGUCUUUCCGGCCUCUUGGGUGGCUCAACCACCAGCUCUUCCGCCACACCUACUGGUUCCAGCGUCCAGAGUCCCGAAUCAAGCAAGGCCAGCACCAGCGCAUCCAGCUCUGGAUCUGAUCUCCUCGACCUCCUCGGUCUUGGUGGUGACAACUCCACCGGUACCGCCUCUGGUACCUCCGGUUUGCCUACUAUCCCAGUGAGCGUUCCCGCAUCUGCCACCUCUGGCUCGGCGAAGCCCACUACCACUUCAGGCGAUCUCCUCGGAGGAGUUGGAUCUGGUCUCGAGUCUCUUCUCGGACUCGACACUACUGGCACUGGUAGCACUGGUCUGUUCCCGACUGCCCCCAAGUCCACUGGCCUCAUCCCUACUCUUCCCUCUAUCGGACUGGGAGGCCUUGGUGGCCUUGGAGGCAGCAGCACUGCUUUGAUCCCCACUGCCACCAACCCUAUUGGAACCAUUCCCUCGCCUCACUCCCCUGGUUCCGAGCCCACUGCCACCGCUACCCCUGGCACCGGCUCUGGCACCGGCUCUGGCUCCGCUUCAGUCCCCGUUCUGGGCACAACUGUUUCCGCUCCGGGCACUGGUUCCCACGAGACUCCCAAGGUUCCCACUCCCACCUCUCACAUCGCCUCCAUUCCUGUCCCCACUUCGACCAGUGAAGUGAGCACGACCAAGACCCAGACCCCUGUGGAGCCCCAGACCACCCAGACCGAGGUUCCCACUCCCUCGACUACCAAUGACAACGACUGGAUUCCCUCCACCAUCCUGAUCAUGCCCACCGUUGCCACCACUGAGAGCACCAGCACCGGCCAAACCGCCAAGCCCACCGCGCCGCCCUCUCUUCCCGGCUCCAUCACCCCCUCGAACGAAGUCAGCGAGGCUCCCUCUGACUCCAUUUUGCUCCAGCUUGGUUUCAACAGCCAACUGCCAUGGUCUUUUGUUGCCACCACCCCCUUGUCCUCGUCGCAGAUCUUCAACCUGACUCCUCAGGCCAUCGAGAACGCUCUGCCCACUCUCUCGGCCAAGGAUGCCCCUGUCAUGUUUGCCAUUGAGCCCUACUACAACUGGCAGGCCACUGGCUACAACGCGACUCUUGCCAUCUUCUACUUCCCUCGUGACAAGGUGGAUGCCCUGAGAGCCCUCAAGUCCAACCCCAACUCGGCUCUCUACAACCAGGCCAGUGAAUCCAUCCAGUCGCUGAUGUCUAUGGUUGACUCGACAAUUCCUCUCGAAUUCUCUGGCAACUACCCCAGCGGCAAUGGCGAUUCCACUGACAGCAGCAACAACGAUGGAGGUGAUGACAACACCGACGGUGGCAACAACACCAACAGCGAUGGCUCUGCCAGCAGCUCCAAGACCAAGGCCAGCUCCGUUGGCAUUGGAGUCGGUGUCGUUGCCGGUGCCGCCGCUUACGGUGCCGGUAUGUUCUGGGUUGCCCGCCGCUACCGCAAGAGAAAGCAGCUCCACCAGCGCUCCAGCUCCACCGUGGAGCAGAUGAGCCAGGGUGGCUCUGCCGCCGGCUCUGUUCUGGCUGCCGGUGGCCGUGCCCCCAGCCACGGCAGCCGUGGUACCGCUCGCUCCCAGAUGAUCAGUGCCCCCGUCAUGGCGGAAAACUCCCUGGGAUGGAACUAA